AUGGAGGACGCUACAACAGGCCGACGUUCCGCUUUCGAUUGUUCGGACGUUCCGAGGCGCUCGUGCGCCUGCGCAGAACCGAGGCGAAGGCGGGCGGAGCAAGAGGAGGUCGCGGGAGCGCCUGCUUGCUUCCCGAUCGAAGUCCGAAAGAGAAGCAGGGGACCCCGAAUCGGAGGGAAGCCCAGCCCCCGUCCCCCUUUUCCCGCAUGGAGGGCCCUUCUCCUCGGGGUGAGCCUUCUCUCGGACCAGGGAGGGAGGAAGUACAUGGAGGACGUCACCCAGAUCCUGGUGGAGCCCGAGGGGGCCCCGGAGACAAGCCCUCCGCCUCCGGCUUCGCUUCUCCCUCCGGCGCGGGGACCCUCGGUGGCCUCUUACGCCGUCUGCGACGGACACGGAGGCAGAGAGGCGGCCCACUUCGCCCGCGAGCACCUCUGGGCCUUCAUCAAGAAGCAGAAGGGCUUCCGCUCCCAGAGCCCCGCCGUCUGCGCCGCCCUCCGCAAGGGCUUCCUCGCCUGCCCGGAAGACAUGGUGGAAAGAACCGAGUGGCCAAAGACGAUGACUGGCCUUCCGAGCACAUCGGGGACGACUGCCAGCGUGGUGAUAAUCCGGGGCUCAAAGAUGUACGUGGCUCACGUCGGAGACUCCGGGGUGGUGCUCGGCGUCCAGGAUGACCCCAAAGACGACUUCGUCCGGGCCGUGGAGGUGACGCAGGACCACAAACCUGAACUCCCAAAGGAGAGGCAGCGGAUUGAAGGUCUCGGGGGCAGCGUGAUCAACAAAUCCGGCGUGAAUCGGGUCGUGUGGAAGAGGCCUCGCCUGACCCACAACGGCCCUGUGCGGCGGAGCACCGUGAUCGAUCAGAUUCCAUUCCUGGCGGUGGCCCGUGCCCUUGGGGAUCUGUGGAGCUACGACUUCUACAGCGGGGAAUUCGUGGUGUCUCCCGAGCCCGACACGAGUGUGCACACGCUAGAUCCUCAAAAGCACAAAUACAUCAUCCUGGGGAGCGAUGGGCUGUGGAACAUGAUCCCUCCUCAAGAAGCCAUCUCCAUGUGUCAGGACCACGAAGAGAAAAAAUAUUUUAUGGGAGAGCAUCAACAGUCUCUGGCCAAAAUGCUGGUGAACCGAGCCCUGAGCCGAUGGAGGCAGCGCAUGCUUCGGGCGGACAACACCAGCGCCAUUGUGAUCAGCCUCUCUUCAGGUCGGAGCAGCUGCGUGAGCUUGGAAAGCGAGGAGGAGCUGUGCUUCACCUUAGCUGAUGGCCCGUCCUAUAGCAGCCCCGAAAUGUGGGCUCCGUCAUGCUGUUCCACUCCACCAGUCAAGCCUCUGGAAGAGGACUUGUGGCCGCGACUGAGCUCCCCGCGAGACGUCCCUUUAUUCACCCUUAACGUUGACAGCGACGUCUCCCACGGACGCAACGCCGCAGGAGGAGACACCCGGCCGAGCGCCGGGUUCGAGGGCCCGGAGUCGUGCGGCAGAAGCCCCCUGGCGCUCUCUGGGAUCCCCUUCCAACUCAGGGAAGGCGGGCGCAGACCCAAAGGCCUUCAGGUGCCUCCGAGCGAUGCCUCGAAGGCGGCGGAGUCGGAGCGGACUCCGACGACGGAGCUUAAAAGGACUUUGGAGGAAUCCAAUUCGGGGCCGGUGGUCAGAAAGCCCAGGCGGGACUCGCACUCGCACUCAGGCGGAGCCCAGCCCGAAAGCUCUCCGCGGCCCCCAGCACAAAAACCGCAACAAGCUCGCCAUGCGGCAGCCUUCGAGGACAAGAAGAAGCUGGGGAACCGUUGUUUUCAGCAACCCAGGAAAGCCUUGUUGCGUUUGCUGAAGGGACGGACGCCCGCAACUCAUCUCACUCCUAGUCAAGUUGUUGUUGAUGUUUCGGUGCAGAGCCUUCGAAACUGCGACGGUGACUUUUUUUCCUCUCGUUCGCUUUUUAAUUUCGUUCAAAGGUAG